AUGGGUACAUCCGAAAAACAUGUUGGUGGAUAUAAGCUGAUCGCAUCGGAUCAAGACGAAAAACCGGCGGAACUCGAUAUUGUUGAACAUCUGACGGAAAAGGAAAACGUUCAAUUGAUGGCAGAAAAUGAGAAACUGUAUUCGAAAUUAGCGCAAGUUGAUAGCGAUGUUCUGCGAAUCGAAAAGCAGAUGAAUCAAAUUCAUCGAUUGCAAGAGACUUUCGCUGAAAAAGUAUUCGAAUUUUUCGAGUUUUAUGGAAUUCUUACAAUGGUCUAG